AGACCCUGUUAUGUUCUGGAACCACUGGUCUGGUUUUCACCACUGAAGGUUGUGUAUUGUAUCCCUGGUGCAUCCUGGAGAACUUGCUGUUUACCACCGAAGAAUUAUGGAGGAGAGCUGUUGUGAAUGAUGUUUAAAAAUUGGGAUAAAAGAGCGGAGUUGUGAAUCCAGAAGUACUACAGAUUAAAUACAUCAUGAAGUAGCAGGGCAGCGGAUUUGCUUUUUCAAGACAUGAAGGUGCUGUAUGAAAAUUCUGCCCUUGAACUCUCCAUGCUUUUUGGCACUGUCAUUGCAUCUGUUGAGAAGACACGUUGUAAAGUGUUCUGGGUCUGGCUGGGAUGGAGUUAACGUUCUUCACAGCAGCCCAUACAGUUGAGUUUGGAUUUGUGGCUAAAAGAAUGUUGACAACACAUCGGUGUUUUGGCUGUGGCCGAACAGCACUUGCACAGUAUCAAGGCUUUGUCAAUUUUCCCUACUCUGUUCCUACAGUGAGUGUGCUCAGAGUAGGUGAGAAGCUGGGAGGGAACAUGGCUGGGACAGCUGACCCAAACUCACCAAAGGAAGGGAUAUUCUCUGACAUGUAACAUCAUGCUGGGCAACAAAGACUGAGUGAUGAAACUGUCUUUGUCUUGACCCACAAGUUUUCUUGACUUUGUUUUUUCCCACUGAUGGGGACGAGGAGUGCACAAUCAGCUGUGUGGGUGCCUGGCUGCUGCCUGGGGUCGACUCACCACAAAAGUACAGAGAACAGAUGGUCUUUAGUGAAGUUUCUAAAUGGGCAGUUGUUUUCUGUGUGUUGUGCUUGUGGAGUACUGGUGCAGAAGUGACAUGGACUCCGUUGGUGACAGAAUUUGGGCUUUGCUCUUGUUCAAGUGGAGUGACAGUAAUGGUUAUUGGUAGGUAACUCGUCAUCAGGAUCUAGUGCUUUACAGAGCAAGGGUUGUUGAAGGAGUGUUUGCAAAUGCUUGGAGCAUUGGGCUGUUGUGUUUGUUUUAAAGGGAUGCCGUCAUUUGCUACAGAGGCUUGUGUUUGUUCUGAGAAUAUUGUGUGAUGUUAGAAAAUGUUGAAAAUCAGGGUGUGUUAAGUCAGUGUAUUCAAGGUUUUCUUGUUCUUACGUUUGAAAGGUAGGAGAGUAAGGAUUUAGGGAAAAUGCUGAAGUUGGCUUUGUAAAUUCAGGUACUUUCUGAGGUUUCUUCGUGUUGGAUAUUUUUGCUCUUUGAUGAUGGGCUUCACUGUGUAUGUUAAGUGCAGUGUGCUGGAUUGGUGAGUAGCCUACUCGUGUGAAGUUUGAAACCAGGUGGAUUUCAGAAGAAUGGACAUUGUGUAAUCCUGAGAUGGACCUAAGCACCUUUCAAGAACUCAGCUGAGAACUGUUCCCUCGAUACACUGUCAGUCUGUUUCAUUGCAUCAGUUCAGUGUGGCACAAUCGCUGACCAAGUAAUCUCAUCGUAUUUUCAUCAUUUCCAGAAGUCAACUUAAAUUUUGAAUUUCUUUUGCUUCUAAAAUGGAAACAGAAAGAUGCAGUGCAUGGCAUCUUGGAACAUGGAAGGAGUUCUUCGCGUGGGUUCAUAACAUGCUUGGCUUUAGUAUUAGCCACUGCUAUGGAUGGGCUGCAGCAGUGUAGCACAGUGUGUAAAGCAAAGUACAGGUAUCAGACAUUAAUUAUGUUUCAUUUUCUUUCCACAGUUAAGUUGAUUUUACAGAAUUUAUCAGGUCUCCAAAGCAGAAACAGGUAAGCUGUCAAAAGCUUAACACUUCUCACUGAGUAUUGUGACAAGAUCAUACACAGCCUUUUUUCCUCACAGACUUGUGGCUGGCAACUAGGAUAUGCUUGUGGCCACUGCAGUUAAUACUCUGACUACACCAAAGAGGCAACAUUUUUGAAUGCUGAGAAAACAUACAUUAUUGAACAGAACUGAUCACUGGGUAGAGCAACUUGUCAGAGCAGUAAAGUCAUCACUGUUUGUGAGUUACUUCAUUUUCCAGUGGCAUAGUUAUUCUUUUUCCUUUCUCCUUUUAUCAGUUAGUGUCCUGUUCAAAAGUAAACCGGAUUUUUUUUGUUCCUUAGGAGUGGGCAGAGGUCUCUGGCACAUAGUAACUAUGCCGUGAAAGACUUGAGGUGCUCUGUAGGUAUUGUGGAUGGUGAGGAGUGACUUAGGUGGAUUUGUUGCCCUUAGGGUAGGGAAUAUUGAUAGAUUUGUGCACGAGUGCCGGUGGAGUAGCUAAUUGUUCUGACUAAUCAACAUUCAGUGAAUUGUUUUAAUCUUGUCUCGUGAACUUGUGGGUUUUUUGAUACCUUCUCUCUUGAUGAGACAAGGGCAUUCAUUAAAAAGGCUCUAGCUUCUUAAGUGAUAAGAUACUGUAAUAGCUGAGUACUAAAGACGUGCUAUCAUGUGUACCUUUUUGUCUGCAGGUGAUUUUUGCUGUGGGUUGAGCUCAGCAUGGCUGUAGUCAUCCGUUUACAGGGGCUUCCUGUUGUUGCGGGUCCUCCAGAUAUUCGUCGUUUCUUCUUGGGAUUGAAUAUUCCCGAUGGAGGUGUGCAUAUUAUUGGAGGAGAGAUUGGGGAGGCUUUUAUUAUAUUUGCAACAGAUGAAGAUGCACGGCGUGCCAUGAGCUGUUCGGGAGGGUUUAUCAAGGACUCGCGCAUAGAGCUCUUUCUCAGCAGCAAGGCAGAGAUGCAGAGUACCAUAGAAAUGAGCCGGAAGCGAUUUGACCGUGGGGGACGAGAAACUAUGUCUGGCUCUAGAAGAACAGGUACUAAUGGUUCUAGUACAUCAAGUGUUGGAGAUAUACCACAUUUAGUUACAGCUUCUCCAAAAGGAAUAAGAAAACCUAGUUAUGGGCCACCUAAUCGCCUGGAGGCUGGUUUCCACACCAACGGCACAAGAUAUGGUGAUGUGGGUAUGCCUAAGUCAAACUACCAGUUAAGAAAGGAUUCCCACCCGUUUAACCUGGAUGAUCGUUACUUAUUUCUUCGUGGUAUACCUUACUCUGCAACAGAAGUUGAAGUACGUGCUUUCCUUUCGGGGAUACGCGUGGAUGGAGUGAUUCUGAUAAAGCACCGCAAUGGUUUAAACAAUGGUGAUUGCUUGGUAAAAUGUGCUACACCUGGUGAUGCCUUAGAAGGACUUAAACGCCAUAGACAAUACAUGGGUCAGAGGUUCAUAGAAAUUAGUCCCACUACAGAGGAACGGUGGAUUGAAUGCGGUGGGCGGAUAGACAUGCCAGAUGAAAUGGAUCACUUUUUGUGUGAAGACCAUUCUCCAAGAAGUUCAGGCUACAUGCAUUCAAGGAAGCAUUCUCGUUCAAGAUCACCGAGGAGACAAAGAACACAUUCUCGCUCAUCUCCUGGCCAGGAAUAUUACAUACACUUAAGAAAUCUAUCUUUUAAUGUGGAAAAGAGAGAUUUGAGAGAUUUUUUUCCUGAACUGGAUAUACACAGCAAACAGAUCAAGAUUCUAACAGAUAAGCAUCAGAAAAGGACUAGAGAUGCUUUUGUGGUGUUAAGGAGUGAGAGAGAAUAUCAGGCUGCUUUGGAAUGUCAUAGAAAGGUUCUUCUCAAUCGUCCUGUGUACAUUUUUCCAAUUUCAAGAAAGUCAAUGUUGAAAAUAAUUGACUCUUGUGAGAGGAAAAGAUCACCGGACAGAGAUCAUUUUGGACAGGCCAUAUCAGAAAAAAGUUACCGGGAAGGUCAUUCCAGCCCUAAGAAUUGUGUUUAUGUAAGGAAUUUUCCAUUUGAUGUGUCAAAAAUUGAAGUCCAGAAGUUCUUCUCAAGAUUUGAUAUUGAUGAAGAUGAUAUUUACUUGCUCUAUGAUGAAAAAGGAGUGGGACUGGGAGAAGCACUAGUGAAGUUUAAAUCCGAAGAACAAGCUAUGAAAGCAGAAAAUUUAAACCGUCAGACAUUUUUGGGAACAGAAGUCUUAAUAAGACUUAUAUCUCAAGAUCAGAUGCAGAAGUUUGGUGUCGCUGCAUCAUUAUCUGCACCAAAUGAAAUGCGUGGUCAUUCACAUCCGUAUGACAGAGGUGACCUCUCCCGUCCAGUUGGUUCACCAUCUGGGCCACCACAAGGGCCACCCACGCAUUCUUUUGGUCCCCCUGGGAACUUCAGGCAUCAUUCUGAAUUUAGACAUCCCCCUGAGGAGUUCAUGUGCCCUCCUAAGGAUUUUAGGGGUCCACCACCCCUCAUGGAUUUUGGUGGUGACAGUGAACCUUUUGGCAGAAUGGAGUUUGGGAAUAAUAAAAUGGGAAAUUUUCCUGAAGGAAGAUUUAUGCCAGAUCCAAAUUUCAGUGGCGGUUCUGAACGUGUUGUUCCUAUUCUGUUGAAAAAUUUACCUUUUAAAGCUACUCCUAAUGAGAUUCUGGAUUUUUUCUAUGGUUAUAGAGUGAUACCAGAGUCAGUUUCUGUGCAGUAUAAUGAACAAGGAUUACCUUCUGGUGAUGCCAUUGUUGCUAUGACAAACUAUGAGGAAGCUAUGGCUGCUAUUAAUGAACUGAAUGAUAGGCCCAUUGGUCCACGGAAAGUUAAGUUAAGUUUGCUGUAAAGGAGGAAAAGAUGCUCUAAUAACACAUUCUAGGUUUGACAGUAUUGACAGUUACUUUAACUUUUAAUUACUGGAAGAUGCAAAACAAAGUUUCCAUCAACGGUUGUAAAUAAUACCCAGUUCAGUUGUUUAGCUCUUGGUUGAAAUACCUGUAGGACAUUGAAUGUCAUACAUCAAGGUAUAAAAGGAUGGAGUUGUAAUGCUUUGGGUUUUUUUUUGUUUUUUUUUUUAAGAUUAAUUCCAGUCUUAUGUGUUUGCAUCAAAUAAAAACGUAAGUGCUGGCUGACCAGCACAAACAGUUAGCUGACCACACAAACGGUUCAAAUAGAAGAUUUUCAGUGCUACCUGCAUUAGUAAAUGACACUUCUUACUGAGGUUAGCUUAAUAAAAUUUUGAAAUUACUGA